AUGUGUCAUAAUGAGGACCUUCGAGAUGUCACCGAUGACGUUUGCGAGAUGAUAUCUGAAUGGACUGUGUUCACAGAAAAGUUGGGACAUGAACUGUUAUUAGGAGGAAUAACAUUUAACGAACUAACUGCAAUUAGUAGUUAUAAACUAAGGCGGAAUGCAAAAGUUCACAAAGUGAAUUGGUUGACACAAAAUGUUGCUCUUAAAUGGUUGGACAUAACUGUUGCUCAAAUGACAUCAGAAUGCAAAAAAAGCAGUUGA